CACAGAGAGGGUGAUAGUAAAAUGAACUGAUUAUAAGUGUAUAUAAAUAGAUUCCAUCAGGCAGGGGUGUCAUGAGGAUCAGCGUGAUAAUGACCUUGUCAAGUGCAAAAGCAAAACAAUGACAUGAAAACAAGUACACUAGGCCCUGAGUGGAGGAGAGAGUUGGAGGCAGACGCUGCAGGACAGAAAGCUGAGUGAAAAGGGGCCUUUGAUUCCACAGGCGCAGAAGUCCACAGCCAGGAAUUUGCUGCCACCUCUGAGUCAGGCAGGGGGCGUGGGUGCCGAAUUCCAUUAGUAGGGAAAUGCCCAGUGGAUUUAGCCCGAGAGUCACAUUUCUUAUUUGGACCAGUAUAGACAGAAACAAACCCAGCUCACUUGUUUCCCGGGACAGUUGAGUUAGGGGAUGGCUUUCACAGAGCAUUCACCGCUGACCCCUCGCCGCCGGGACCUCUGUAGCCGCUCUGUCUGGCUAGCAAGGAAGAUCCGUUCAGACCUGACUGCUCUUAUGGAAUCUUAUGUGAAGCACCAAGGUCUGAACGAGAACGUAAACCUGGACUCUGUGCGUGGUGUGCCAGUGGCAAGCACUGAUCGGUGGCGCGCGAGUGGGGCAGAGCGACUCCAAGAGAACCUCCAAGCUUACCGUACCUUCCAUGUUAUGUUGGCCAGAAUGUUAGAAGACCAACGGGUGCAUUUUACUCCAGCUGAAGAUGACUUCCAUCAAGCAAUACAUGCCGUUCUCCUCCAAGUCGCUGCCUUUGCUUACCAGCUGGAAGAAUUAAUGGUGCUCCUGGAACACAAGAUCCCUUCCAGUGAGGCUGAUGGGAUGCCCCUUAUUGUUGGAGAUGGUGGUCUCUUUGAGAAGAAGCUGUGGGGCUUAAAGGUGCUGCAAGAGCUUUCACAGUGGACAGUGAGGUCCGUCCAUGACCUUCGAGUCCUUUCAUCUUGUCAAACUGGGAUCCCAGGACGUGGGGGCCAUUAUACUGCUAAGGACAAGAAAAUGUAGCGUUACCCCUCUCUCUCUCUCUUACUUGCUUUCUCCUCUAGUGGAAUAUAUAUAGUUUUCUGAG